GUAGGUUCCCCUCCCCCACGCCGAGAGCAGGCUUCCGGGUGGGUGAGGUGUGCCAUUUAACCUCUGCCAUGGGCAAAAGAGACCGGGCGGACCGCGACAAGAAGAAGUCCAAGAAACGGCACUUUGAGUAUGAGGAGGAAGAUGAAGAUGACGCCCCUGGGAACGACUCUCAUGAGGCGGUGCCAUCAGCGGCCGGGAAGCAGGUGGACGAGGCCGGCACCAAAGUGGAUGAAUAUGGAGCCAAGGACUACAGGCUGCAGAUGCCGCUGAAGGACGACCACUCCUCCCGGCCCCUCUGGGUGGCUCCUGAUGGCCACAUCUUCCUGGAAGCCUUCUCUCCAGUUUACAAAUACGCCCAGGACUUCCUGGUGGCUAUUGCAGAGCCGGUGUGCCGACCAAGCCAUGUGCACGAAUACAAGCUAACUGCCUACUCCCUGUACGCAGCUGUCAGUGUGGGGCUGCAAACCAGUGACAUCACUGAGUACCUCAGGAAGCUCAGCAAGACUGGAGUCCCUGAUGGAAUUCUUCAGUUUAUUAAGCUGUGUACUGUCAGCUAUGGGAAAGUCAAGCUGGUCCUGAAGCACAACCGGUACUUCGUUGAAAGCUCCCACCCUGACGUCAUCCAGCGUCUUCUUCAAGACCCAGUGAUCCGGGAGUGCCGCCUGAGGGGUGCGGAGGGGGAGACCACUGAGCUCAUCACAGAGACCUUCACAAGCAGAUCUGCUAUAUCUAAGACUGCAGAAGGCGGUGGGCCUUCCACUUCCCGGGUGACGGACCCACAGGGCAAACCUGACAUUCCCAUGGACCUGUUUGACUUUUAUGAGCAAAUGGACAAGGAUGAGGAGGAUGAAGAAGAGACACAGACGGUAUCCUUUGAAGUCAAGCAGGAAAUGAUUGAGGAACUCCAGAAACGUUGCAUCCACCUGGAAUACCCCCUGUUGGCGGAGUAUGACUUCCGGAAUGAUUCUGUGAACCCAGACAUCAACAUUGACCUGAAGCCCAUGGCUGUCCUCAGGCCCUAUCAGGAGAAGAGUCUGCGGAAGAUGUUUGGGAACGGGCGUGCGCGCUCGGGCGUCAUUGUCCUGCCUUGUGGUGCUGGAAAGUCUUUGGUGGGUGUGACUGCUGCGUGCACUGUCAGAAAACGCUGUCUUGUGCUGGGCAACUCAGCUGUGUCUGUGGAGCAGUGGAAAGCCCAGUUCAAGAUGUGGUCCACCAUCGAUGACAGCCAGAUCUGCCGCUUCACCUCGGACGCCAAGGACAAGCCCAUAGGCUGCUCCAUUGCAAUUAGCACUUACUCCAUGCUGGGCCACACCACCAAAAGAUCCUGGGAGGCGGAGCGAGUCAUGGAGUGGCUCAAAACCCAGGAGUGGGGCCUCAUGAUCCUCGACGAAGUACACACCAUUCCAGCCAAGAUGUUCCGACGCGUGCUCACCAUCGUGCAGGCCCACUGCAAGCUGGGUUUGACUGCGACCCUUGUCCGGGAAGAUGACAAAAUUGUCGACUUAAAUUUUUUGAUUGGGCCCAAGCUCUACGAAGCCAACUGGAUGGAGUUGCAGAACAACGGCUACAUUGCGAAAGUCCAGUGUGCUGAGGUUUGGUGCCCAAUGUCACCCGAGUUUUACCGAGAGUAUGUGGCAAUCAAAACCAAGAAACGAAUCUUGCUGUAUACCAUGAACCCCAACAAGUUCCGAGCUUGUCAGUUUCUGAUCAAGUUUCACGAAAGAAGGAAUGACAAGAUUAUUGUCUUUGCUGACAACGUGUUUGCCUUGAAGGAAUACGCUAUUCGGCUGAACAAACCCUACAUCUAUGGGCCGACAUCCCAGGGAGAAAGGAUGCAGAUUCUCCAAAAUUUCAAGCACAACCCCAAAAUCAAUACCAUCUUCAUAUCCAAGGUAGGUGACACAUCGUUUGAUCUGCCUGAAGCAAAUGUCCUCAUUCAGAUCUCGUCCCACGGUGGCUCCAGGCGACAGGAAGCUCAGAGGCUAGGGCGGGUGCUCAGAGCCAAAAAAGGGAUGGUUGCAGAGGAGUACAAUGCCUUCUUCUACUCGCUGGUGUCCCAGGACACACAGGAAAUGGCUUACUCGACCAAGCGACAGAGGUUCUUGGUGGAUCAGGGUUAUAGCUUUAAGGUGAUCACAAAGCUUGCUGGCAUGGAGGAAGAAGAGUUGGCGUUUUCCACCAAAGAGGAGCAGCAUCAGCUCCUGCAGAAAGUUCUGGCGGCCACUGACUUGGAUGCAGAGGAGGAGGUGGUGGCAGGAGAAUUUGGCUCCAGAUCCAGCCAGGCCUCCCGGCGCCUCGGCACCAUGAGCUCCAUGUCUGGGGCGGAUGACACCGUGUACGUGGAGUACCACUCGUCACGGAGCAAGCCCUCCACCAAGCACGUGCACCCGCUGUUCAAGCGCUUCAGGAAGUGAUGCUGUGGCCUGUGGGGCCGCUGCUGGCAGCCUCGGUGCUGCGCCGGCGCUAGUGCUGGGGAAGGGUUUUCCACACCGCACUUCCCUGCGGCAUCGCCCACACUGGUGUCAAUGCAGUGUUUCCACGGCGGUGGACAAGACUCGUCCGAGGUUUGGCUCAGCCCUUGUGGAUGAUCCAGGGUUCCAAAGAAGAAAGCAAGACUACUUUUUGGCUUUUCAGGCUUUUUGGGGAGGAGGUCAUUCCUGUGUAUAAAAUUUGUACCAUUUAAGGCGUAUUCGUUUUGAUGUUCUACUUAAUCAGAAAAUGAAGCAUUUCACCACCUUAUAGUACACAGGUACUCUUUUUGGGGUGGGGGAUCGGACUCAGGACCUUGUGCUUCUGAGGCAGGUGCAGUGCCACUGAGCUAUGUCCUAGGCCCCACAAUGCUUGUAUACCUGUCACAGGUAAGGGCUGUGUCUACCUAACGGACCACCUCCAUCAGGGCUCCGCUUUGUAGUAGGAUGGAGCUGCUGGGGAGAUGCACCCCAAGACAACGGUGUUGGGGAACAGCCUUGGGAGCUUAGACACGCGUGGUCCAGAGGGAGAGGAGCUGGCACGGUGAGCACGAGUCCCUGCUCACAGGCUCGGUCUGGUGGGCUCAGCCUGGGACUUCAGCCCUCUACUUUCCUUCUUUUCCUGUUCCCCCUAGGCUGGUCCCCAACAUAGCCCCUCCGGGUUGCGUAAAAGCCAUCACCUCAGAAAGCUACUGCACCCAGCUCCUGGUGGCUCAUCUUCUGUAAGAGGACCGCCUCUUAUUACCCUGCAAGAUACAGUUUAGGUAUUGCUGGGAGACUGGGUCCUUCUUAUAGUUCCUUUAUCUUUUAAGGUGUCUUUGCGCUUUCCUCUUUGGUUCCUUCUGUGAAAGAAAAGGUAUUUCAGGAAAGACAGGGAGGCAGGAUUGCUCAGUAAAAAGUAGCCACACACAUGGUGAAAACUGGCUGUUCUGAGAAGGCUCCAGAACCAGGGCAGAGUCCCUGCCGCCUUACUGCUCAGCAGCAACAUUCCAUCCCCACACCAUCAGCCCUGGCACCAGGACGCCUAGGUGAUUGCUCUAGGAUGCAGUCACAGGCCCACCUGGGGGAAGACAGGGUUUCUUGUUAGGGUUUCAUCCCUGUUCUCUGAGCUGACAUCUGGGGACAGAUUCCUCGUCUGAUCAGCAGUUGGUGCCAACCCCAGGAGAUGGCAGCAGGAGACGGCUCUGAACAGCUAGACUCGAGGCUGUGAGGCAGCCCUGCGGACUUGAAUGUCCUGGAACCCUGAUGGCUGGCACCCAGGUGUUCAGACACGUUGUACCUGAGAUGCUCAGUACCACACACGCCCUGUGUUUUCAUAUUUUUUGUGCUUGUGCUGAGUGUUUCCUCGCCUGCUGACAAUGUUGUAUUUUACCUGAGCUCUGUGAUCUGAGCAAGGUUGUUGGUGGACUGGGAGUGUAGCUCAAUGGCAGAGCAUUUGCCUUGCACGUACAAGGCUCUGGUGCUGUCCACAGCAUUGUGAAAAGCAAGCAAAAAGUAGGAACAUUUAAUAGGAUCUCCCAUCCUUUGUUCUAGCAAUAGCUUACUACAGACUUGUUAAGAUUCUCCUCUUUCCCAGACCCCUGAACUUUGGCCCAGCCUUGCAGAAGUCCUUUCAAAGGCGGUUCAAGUCCAAAAAAAAAUUUUUUUCCCCCAUACUGGCGAUCAAACUUGGGACCUUGCACUUCAAGUCC